AAUACAGCCAGCUACACAUAACAUGCACCAUAACAUCAUAACUUCCGGCAACAAAAGGAAAUGAAUUUCUUCUGUAACCUUUACGACACUUCCCUUACAUGGAGCUGUGAUGUCAUAAACGGAAUGUUUCUCUUCAAACUCAUCAAAUACACUCAAAAACGCAUUACAGAAGAGUAGAUCAGGAAGCAAAGGAAAGUAAAGGAAAGGAAGAAAGAAGGAAGCUGACACGUGUGUGAUAUGAGGAGGAGUGACGAUAUGGAGCCUCACAAUCCUGUAUCUGCUGGAACCCUGGGUGCUGGACCGCAUCCAUCUUCCCCAACCAAUGGGGGACAAGAGGCGGGACCACAUCCAUCUUCUCCAACCAAUGGGGGACGAGAGGCAGGGUCGCAGUAUCCUUACUCCGCCCAUGACAACCGCUCAUCUUUACUGCACAGUAUUCACCAGUUUGAUGGGGGCCUGGGCCGGAAGAAGUGUGUAGAUGACCGUCGCCAGCACAACUCUCAUUUCUGCCUUUGCCAUGAGGAAGCGCCCAGCGUAAGCCCCACCCCCAUCUCCACCUACCAGAUUGACUUCCUGUCAAAGCAGGAAGUGGAGGCCACCAGCAGCCGCCGUUUUCCCAGAAACCACCAGGAGCAAAGCAAGAUGGCCGCCGCGGAGUCGCCACUGUGGUUCGCACGCCACGACGACACACACACGCGCACACCACUACACGUGCUGGCUGCUGUCAAUGACCCCUCCUCGGCCACACACACGCGCACGUUAGCACCACGUGCACACUAGUAUCACACACACGCACGCACAUGCUGCAUGCAAGCGUGCACACACAUAUUAGUGUCAGACACACACACACACACACACACACACACACACACACACACACACACACACACACACACACACACACACACACACACACACACACACACACAGGCUUGCACCAUCUUCA